AUGAGCCGCCCAUACGAAGGAUAUGUCGACCCCGACUUCCCUAACCCCGGCGGUCCAAACAGUGCUCGCAUCAUCAUCUACGGCUACACCCCGGCACUCGCCCUAGGCGUCCUCGGUGUCGUCUUGUUCUUCGUCGCCCUCGUCGCACACUGCUACCUGCUCUUCCGGCACCGGACAUGGUAUUUCUCCACGGUCGCUGUCGGCACCGUCAUGGAGAUCAUCGGAUACGUCUUCCGAUUGCUGUCAAGCCAACAGAAUCCAUACUCGGUACCAUGGUUUGUUGCGCAAUACUUCUGCAUCGUCGUCGCGCCGGUCAGCUUCAGUGCGGCAAUAUACACUGUCGUGAGUGUUCUGGUCAACACAUACGGUCGGCAAUACUCUCCGAUGCCUCCGAAGGCGAUACUGGGAAUCUUCAUCACUUGCGAUGUGGUUGCGACGAUUGUGCAGGUUGCCGGUGCGGCGUUGGUUGGCACGGCGUAUUCGAACCAGGACGAUCCGUCAACACCCAACAACAUACUUCUGGCCGGACUCGCGUUCCAAGUCUUUUCCUUCUUCGUCUUCCUGGUCAUACUGGCUUGGACGCUGUGGAAGGCCCGGCAAAGCUCUGUGAGCGUCGCACGCUCCUUUCUGGUGGCACUGGUAAUCGCUACGUUGGCGGUGUAUCUCCGAACCUGCUUUCGUCUCGCUGAAACGGCCGAGGGGCUCAUGCAAACCCUUUCAACCCACGAGGUGUUUUUCGGGUGCCUGGAGUUUGCUCCGAUUGUUGUUGCAGUGUACCUAUUCACCUGGUGGCAUCCAGGCCCAUGGCUUAGUGCUACGCCGAAUUCGGGGUCAAAGAGACACGAGGGCGCAGCGACAGCGAGCUGA